AUGAAUGCGAAGCACUUGUUCAACAGUCUCAGGAGCUAUGGUGACUUGCAAGAGGUGGUGAUUCCGACAAGGAGAAAUAGGAUGGGUAAAAGAUUCGGUUUUGCUCGUUUUUGCCGGAUUCAAGAGCCGGAACGAUUCGCCAUGAAGCUAGACAAUAUUUUCAUUGGAAGGGAUAAGCUUUUUGCAAAUCUUCCUCGAUAUCAAAGAGAUCAAGCGAAGAAGAUGCCCGGGGGGCCAAUAUCUAAGGAGAGUGAGCCGGUGGUACGGAAGUCAACUCAGGUGUGGAAACCGAAAGUCAUUGGCCAAGCUUGUAAAAUUACAAACGGAUCCAUGCAUGACCAAAUGGGUGGCGAGCUGAAGUAUGAGGCAAAGGUGGAGGAUAUGAAGCGUCUAAGUAUAGCUAUGGUCGGCGUUGUGAUACAUCCGGGCCAAUCUUAUCUUAUACAAGAACAUUUUGCUAUGCAAGGGGUGUCUACAAUUUUAGUUACUCCCUUAGGAGCUAACAUGGUUCUCUUAGAAGGUAGUGUAGAUGACGAGGACUUCCAAGGCUACAUAGAGGAAGCGAAAGGGUGGCUACAACAAUGGUUCAAAGAAAUCAAGCCGCGGAAUGCGUCGAUCGUAGACGAGGAGAGAUUGGUUUGGGUGAGAUGUUACGGGGUUCCAAGCCACGUAUGGGACUCCGAUUUCUUCUCUUUUUUAACGAAGGAUAUUGGCGUUUUUGUACAUUCUGAUGACAACACCAUGAAGAGAAAGACAAUGGAUGUAGCUCGAUUAAUGGUGCGCACAGUCAAAAAAGAGGCAAUUAAUAUGAUCCGCAAGGUGUGUAUCAAUGGCGUCUCUUUUUCCAUUAAGAUGGUGGAGGAUUGGUUUGGUCCAAUACAAUGGAGUAGUUUACAGGAUCAAAGUAAGCGCGAGUUAUAUAAUGAUGAAAAUUCUUCUAGUGACGAUGAAGUGUGGCCGGAGAGUUCGCCGGAAGAUGAUUUGGUGGAGGAGGAUGAUGAAGCUGGCAGUUAUGGAAAUAAUUCAACAUUAAAUGAGGCAUUAAUUGGAAUAUCAAUUUCAAAUUCAAAUGUAGGCAAUAAUGAGUUGAAUCAUUUGGGUCCAGUUUUUAAUAAUAACUCAGGCCCAUUAUUGGAAAGACUCUCUUCAAUCCAAAGAAACAAUCUCUCUUCUCAGAUCCCACGCGUGAAACAGAGAAAACUUUCCAAACGUGGCUUGCUCUCAAAACCGGGUCGGGCAUCACGUUCCAACAGGGUCAAUCAUGAUUUGAAAUCAAUUUCUCAGCAAUCCUCCAUGAACGAAGCUCCUGUAAAGUCGCGCACAGCAACAGAGCAAGCCUCAACGCAUUUCUCUGGUGGCUCGGUCUUGUGCGGUGGGUCGUUGUCAAGCGCUGAUAUGCGUUUAUGUAACAACAAGUUCUGGGUUUUACAGAGCAAAUCAGUGGCGCAGAGGGUUUGGGAAGAGGCACGUCACAUAGGGGUGGAAGGCACGGAGAAGGACGAGGUGUACAUUCAGCAGAUUAAUUUAUGUGAGAGCAGAGAUGCAGUUGCAAAGCAGCAGAGGGUGAACAACAAUGGUGUCUCAUGA